CUCAGCUUCAUCCUUUUCCCUCUCCCAUCCUGCCCGUCUACGUUGCCUCUAGGUCCGACUUCCGAUGUGUUAGGAAAUAUGGCCAAAGCCAAUGAUCUGAAGCGCCCUCGGGCGCAGCGCACCACCCCCAAUGAGCUUGCGAGAGACGUUGAGCCUGUUGUCGAGCGGCCUACCAAGAAAGCCCGAAUAGAGGAGAGCCGGUCUCUCUUUGUGCGAUCGCUUCCACCUACUGCUACCACCGAGACGUUGGUCAACUUCUUUUCGCAGCAUUUCCCGGUCAAACAUGCUACAGUCAUCCUAGACCCCCAAACCAAAGCCUCGCGCGGCUAUGGAUUCGUUACCUUCACCGAUGCCGACGACGCCAGAGAGGCCAAGGAUAAGCUUCAUCACCAGAAACUGGACGGUCGCCCGCUGGUGCUGGAGAUUGCAGAGCCUCGGCAUCGCAAACCCGGCGCUGAGGCAGCCGACGCGACGGCCAAGAAGGCAGAGAGGCAGGCCAUGCUAGCGGAGGCCCGCAAAGCACCAAAACUAAUCGUUCGCAACUUGCCUUGGAGUAUCAAGACGUCUGACCAGUUGGCCGCGCUGUUCCAAAGUUUUGGAAAGGUCAGAUAUGUCGAUCUUCCAAAUUCCAAAGGGAAACUGUCCGGCUUUGGCUUCGUCACCAUGCGCGGUCGCAAGAACGCUCAGAGUGCGAUGGAAGCUGUCAACGGAAGUAUGGUCGAUGGGAGGACUCUUGCCGUCGACUGGGCCGUCGAUAAGCAAACGUGGGAGCAGCAGCAGCACAGCCAGGUGACGGAUGGGCCUAAAGAUAAAGACACGAAACCUACUGAUUCAAACGAAGUGCCGAAUGGUGAAAAUGCGCCGUCUGAUGACGAGGGCAAAGAUCAGAGCAAUGCGGAGGACGAGGAAGAAGACGAAGAUUUAAGAAACUUUAUGAAAAAUCACAUGGAUAAUCUCGAAGAGGAAGACAGUGAUGCCGAUGCAGACGAAGAUGGAUCCGAGGAAGACGAUGCUGCCGCGGAGGACGAGCCCGCUCCGUCCAAAAAGCCAUUAACAACAGAUAACAAAUCGACCCUUUUUAUUCGCAACCUGCCGUUUACGACGACGGACUCGGAACUCAAAUCUCACUUUGAGCAGUUCGGGCGUGUACGCUACGCUGGCAUAGUGAUGGACCGGGCGAGCGACCGACCGGCCGGCACGGGGUUUGUCUGCUUCGCUAGCGAGGACGAUUCGAAGGCAUGCCUUCGAGGCGCACCUCGUCCCCAACAGGCCGCCGCAAACAACCGGAAGUCCAUUCUGCAAAACGAAAUGGCGGACCAGCAGGGCAAGUACACGAUCGAUGGCCGCAUCCUCCAGGUUUCUCAGGCUGUGAACAAGGACGAAGCGACUCGCCUUGCCGAGACGGGCGUAGCCGCACGACAAGGCAAGGACAGAGACAAGCGCCGAUUGUAUUUAUUAUCCGAAGGAACCAUCGCCACGAAUUCGCCCUUGUACGCCAUGCUCGCGCCGUCGGAGGUGAAGAUACGCGAGCAGAGCGUUUCGCAACGGAAAAAGCUUAUCCAAAACAACCCCAGCUUACAUAUAAGUCUCACCCGCUUAGCAAUUCGCAACAUCCCGCGCGACAUCGACUCCAAGAAACUCAAAGCCUUAGCCCGCGAGGCUGUUGUCGGGUUCGCGCGGGAUGUCAAAGAAGGCCGCAGAGAGCCUCUUUCCAAGGAAGAAUCCGCUCGAGGUGGCGAGGAAGACCGAGAAGCAGAACGUCGGCGGAAGGAGAAAGGAAAGGGCAUUGUUAAGCAAGCGAAGAUAAUCUUCGAGACCAAGGAGGGUUCCAAGAUCUCUGAGGCAGACGGAGCAGGCAAGAGUCGAGGCUACGGCUUCAUCGAGUACUCCUCGCACCGAUGGGCGCUGAUGGGAUUGAGAUGGCUGAACGGACACGCAUUGAAGAGCCCGGCGGGGAAGACUCAGCGAUUGAUUGUCGAGUUCGCCAUAGAAAACGCGCAGGUUGUGGCAAGACGCAGGGAGCUACAGACGAAGCAUCAGAAGCAAGGCGGCCAACGCCCCAAGGACCAAGAUGAAGCGAGCGCAGGCACGAACACGGCUAGCACGAGAGGACCACGCUCUGGGUUCAAGGGAAAGGACUUUUCCGUGUCAAAGGGCCAGCGGCACAGGCAGAACGGGAAGGGGAACAAGGAGGAUGUCGAGGAAGAGGGGGGCAAGGACGGUUCGGCACGGGAUACCCUACAACAGACGAUCAUCGCGAGAAAAAGGAUGAUAAGGAAAAAGAAGGCCCAGGCUCGGCGAUAGCAGGUACUUCACAUAUAUCUAUCAUCAGUCUCAGGCACGGAGAGCGCUUUCUCUCUCCCAGGG